GUUCCAAGGUGCAAGUCACCCAUAUGGAGGAGGGAUGCCAGAAUAUGAGAAAGCGGGUCAAAUUUUACAGGUCUAGAAAACCACUCAUAAUUGAAGCAACCAAGCAAGAUAAUCAUCUUUAACUUACAACUUCAGCACAAUUCAGGUCAGUUGAUUUCACCUCUGAAGUUAUAGAGUAUACUACUACCAAAAUGAUUAAACGGCAGCAAUUUAAAAAUUCGUUAAUUCUACUUUCUGAUAAAUUAGUGUUAAUAUAAACGAAGAAAAACAGACCUGGUCGUAAACCGGUUCUGUGAUUGGUUGAAGCAACACGCAGACGUGUUGAGAGUGGGCGGGGCCAGUGACGUCUCUGAGACGCUGGCAUUUUCUAGACCUUUCAUGGCUCUCUGUCAGCUCACAGUGUCGUAGCGGGCAGGACUCAGACCAGCGGCACUCAACGUAAACGAAGCCAAUUGUCUGCAUGUUUUUUACUGAAAACACGGACCGCGGAGCUGAACGGUAACCUGUAGUAACCUGGAAAACAUCAGUGUCUAGACGUUUGAGAAGCAAACAGCACCGGGUGGUGGCUACUUGGCUGUCACAACAGAAAACUAUUCCAGAAGCUAUCUUAACUGGGAACAAGCGACUCAUCUGCCAACCAGUUGGACCGUAAGACCAGAAAGGGCGGUGUUUUAAAGAGUGACUGGAGACGACAUGGUGGACUAUUACAGUGUCCUGGGAGUGCCCAGGAAUGCCUCGCAGGACGACAUCAAGAAGGCGUACAGGAAACUGGCACUGAAAUGGCAUCCAGAUAAAAAUCCAGACAACAAGGAGGAGGCAGAGAGAAAAUUCAAAGAACUCGCUGAGGCCUAUGAAGUCCUGUCUGACAAGAGCAGAAAGGAUGCGUAUGACAGAUAUGGAAAUGACAAAGUGCGACACUCAGGUUCUACAACCACAGACUUCUCAGAUCUCCCAGGAUUCACCUUCACAUUCCGCAGUCCAGAUGAGGUUUUCAGAGAGUUUUUUGGUGGGCAGGAUCCUUUUGCCAGCUUUUUUGAUGACUUUGCAUCUUUUGGGGUCCCACAUUCUCGCCUUGGCCCCAGUCGAUUCUUCUCUUUUCCUUCAGCUGGAGUUGAAUUUAGCUCUUUUUCCACUUCCUUCGGUGGUCUCGAUGGGAUGGAGAGCAUGGGAGGAGGAAUGGGUAACUUCAAAUCGGUUUCUACCUCCACUCGUAUUGUAAAUGGGAAACGUACUACCACAAAGAAGAUAAAGGAGAGUGGGCAGGAGAGAGUAGAGAUUGAGGAAGAUGGAGUUUUAAAGAGUGUUAUUAUUAAUGGUGUGGUGGAUGAAAUGGCCCUCGCACUGGAGCUCAGUAGAAGAGACGGACAGCAGUCCUCUCAGAAACCACAGAUCACGAACGGAUCAGCCUGCCACCCUGACCAGCGCCAUGCUGUGCCUGCACAUCGGUCAUUUAGUGCCGCUCCCUUCUACAACCAUGUGGAUGACAGUGAGGAUGAAGAAGAAGACGAAGACCUUCAGAUGGCUUUGGCAUGCAGCCUGUCAGAAAUGGAAGCCCAGCAGAAAGCCGGUGCUACCGACUUCAUAUCAGGUGCUGGGGGCAGAACCAAAAUCUGUAAAACUGGGGGCCGCACAGGAGAGGGGCUUGUUAAUGAUCAACAUUUUAAUUUGUCCAGUGGUUGCAAAGUAGUUGCAGAGGGGCAAGGUGAAGUAGGCUACUUUAAAGUUGGCACAAGUUCUGGAGAUAGUAUUGAAACAAAGCAAAAAGGAACCAGAGAGCGAGCCACAGCUGUCACCACUACACUGCCGAGUGAAGAAAAGGUCAAACCUGUGGCAAAAACAUCUGAAGGUAGUAUGAAAAAGAAAAAGUGUGGAUGUGUUGUGUGCUAGCGAAUGAUUUUGAUGUCAAAAUCAGCGUUGAAAGUAACAUAGUUUAGGUUCUUGCAGGUGUUUGUUUUCAGUGUGUAAUCUUGAAUUAUGCACGUGAGGUGCCAUGAACCUUAAAAUACAACUUGUUUGGAUUUUUAGUUGCAGAAAACAACAAAUGAUUGUUUCUGAAUGAAUGUACAUGUGCCAAUUGUGAUAUAUUUCCACAGAUGGAAAAGAGAAUGUUUGAGCAGAACCUGAGUUGAAAGGUGAAACGGGCAGGAAUGAGUUUUGGAUUGCCGGAGUUUGUUAGAAAUUGAGGAGAAUGUGUUUUUGGAAGAAGAGAUUUAGUUUCAGUGAGAAUGUUUGAACUGGCUUUGUUCUAUAACAGGUUGGUGCCAGGGAAAUAGAUUAAAAAGAGUAGGUUCUUUAAAGGAGCAAGAAAAUGCCUUAUAAGAGUGACAUGUGUAUGUGUGAUUUUCUCAGUGUUUCUUUGAAUGUGUGGGUAAGCUGCAACCCGGCCACAAAAUGUUCUAAUUCAGACUCUCCAGCAAAGACUAAGUAAUUAAACUGUGCCAAGCUCAUGCCAGUCUGAAAUGAAGAACUCAAAUGAAAAAGCAGCCCACAGGGCUUUCUGUGGCAGUUCUUAUCUAUUCACUUUGAUUAAAGAAGUCUUCUGUAAUUCACUGCGAAACAUUAAUGGAAAAUGUAAUUAUUUGAAGCACAAACUUUGGACUUAGACAUAUGUUAUACAUACAGGGAUGCUGAACAUUAUGCACAGAAUUUUAUAAACACUAUCUUAAAGAACUGCGUGAAUAAAUGUACAGUGCCUUGGAAAAGUACCCCUUGAACAUUUUCAGAUUAAACGUUUUUCACAAGCAAUAUAAAGGACACAAUAACCAUUUGGAAAAGGGUGCUUUGGUCAGAUGGGACCAAAAUGAAACUUUUUGGCCUACAUGACUUGCACCUUGUAAAACUAACAGAACAUUACCCUGAAGAUGCCAUCCCUAUGAUAACACACGGUGGCAGCAGCAUUAUGCUGUGGGCAUGCUUUUCUUCUCUAGGGACAGUUAAAAUGGUCAGAGCUGACUGGAAGAUGGAUAGAACUAAAUACAGAGUAACUAUGGUGAAGAGUCUGGGGAAGCCUUGAAAUUCAGGUGGAAGUUCACCUUCCACUAGAACAGAGGCACUAAACAAACAGCCAUAGUUACAAUUGAAUGGUUUAGAUCAAAGCAUCGUCAUCGUGUUAGAAUGACCUAGUCAGAGAGCCAGCAGGCUCUGGAAGGUACAAAUCCACGCCCGCCCGUACAGUUUCGAUUUUUAGCUGUAAAAAUGUUUAAAAACCUUUUUAUCCUUUUCAUUCCACCUAUUAUGCACUACUUCCUCGUAGUCUGUCUCAUUAGGAUAAAAUACAUUGUGGUUUGUGGUCGUAACAUGACAAAAUGUAAAAUAAAAGUUCAAGGGGUAUGAAUCAUUUUGUAAGGCACUGUAAUUAUAUGUUUCUACUGCACUUUGACACAUAUUGGUUAUUUAAUUAUUAGUGCUUAGGUAACAGUUUGACUUUUUUUUUUUAUUAAUUUGAGUCCUCAAAUUGGUUUUAAGGUUUUUAGAGUCUCUGGUAUUAUUCUAAACCCCUACCUUAAUCGUCAGUUAGCUAAUUUAGAAGCUAAAUUCACAUCAGUUGGACAUCCGUUUGGUACUUUGCAGAAAACUGAGAAUAAUAGAAUACAACUUUGAUAAUUGUGUACUUAACACAAAACUUCAGCAAUUUGACAGUCAUAGUUUUUCUUCUCUUAACUUGUUUAAAGCAAAUCAGUGACAUACAGAAGCUAUAUUUUAACUUUUUUAAAUAUUUGUAGAUGGUACUUUAACAAAAGUAAUCCCGCUCCAGGCUAUAGCUGCCUUGAAUUGGAUUAUUGUGGCUCAAGGGGAGAAGUUGGUCCUUCAACUGAAGGUCACUGGUUCAAUUCCCAACUUUCCCAGUGUUCAUAUCAGUUUCCAAGAAGAUAAAUUCCCACAUUGCUUCCCAAUUACUUACUUGUAAGCUGCUUUAGAUGAAUGCGCCCUUACUUUAAAUUUAUAAUUAAAAUUAUGUGUACAUUUAUAAUUAGUGUGCUUUCUAAGAAAAAGAAAAGAAAAAACCAACACAUGAAAAUGACAGCCAAUACAUUUUGUUUCUAACUUACAUGAAUGUCAGGUUCUGCUCAGCCGCUGAUCUCAGCCUUUUUUAAUUUGUAUGCACUGUUUACUCUCACCAUUGCACUGUAUUUGCACAUUACUCACACUACAUAUAUAAUAAUUCUACAUGUGCACAUUCAUGUGCAGGAGUUUAAUAGUGUGUGUGUGUGUAUGUGUGUGUGUGUGUGUGUGUGUGUGUGUGUUUGAACUCUUGCUAUGAUUGGUGCUGUCUGAUUUAAAAUGGCCUUGUUUCAGACCUCUACUGAGGUAAAAAUACUGUUUAAUUGUAUAAUAAUAACUGAAACAGGCUUAUUGUUGUUUUUGUGAAGAUGCGUCUUAAAUUAAAGACAGUCUUGGUGGUGCCAAAUCCCAAAAGCAUUAAGAGUAAGUUAUUAACAGUAUUAUCUAGUGUUUAAAGUACAUUUUAGGCAUCGCCUGUCUCUCUUUCUUGUUUUUUGUUUUUGCUGCUCAUACAGCAAAAUGUUUUUGUACUGGUACACAUAUAUCUUGAGUGCUUGAUUUGUUUUAAAUUGCAUAUUGAUUUUAGAUAAGAUACCUAUUACCACUGGUAAAGAGAAAGGAAAUAAAGGAAUUAUUUUAAUAUGAAUUGCAGGUCAUUCCUCCCCUGAACCAUUAGUUUGAAGAGGAAAUGAGAGCAAAAAAGGCAAACUGAUUGUUCUCUAGAUAUUGAUUGCCUUGCAAUAUUGUACAACUUUCCACUACCAUGUGUUUGUUUUUUUUGUUUUUUUCAAGUUGCUACAUGGAUAAUAACUAAUAAAGAUUGAGCAUAAAGAUGA